UGUUACAAUUCUAACAAGUUUGGACACGUGGCAAGUGUUUGUCGAAGUAAUAAAUACUGUAUGUAGUAGUUGAAGAGUCCGAUGAAGCAUGUUGUUAUUGUGAUGGGAAUCACGUUCCCGGUGUGCCCUGUAAGGAUGAAUGAGAUUGCAGUAACUAGGAUCAGGGCUAUCCAGCAUGUCGCCUAUGUGGAGGCGGUGAAAAUAGCUGAAGGAGUGAGUAGAGAUGAGAUGGUAGUGGAUGGCCCACAGUCUGCAGUGAAUGCCAUGCAGGAGACGGAUCCCGACACACUAACAGUGAAGAAGGUGGACUUAGUUGCGUUUUAUAGCGCAAGUGAUAAAUUGCACUAGUCAAAUGAAUACACAAAUCUAAGUUAGACAUCAUUGUGAAGGCGGAAAAUAUAUUUCUGGAUCUCCAGGACUAUACAGCCGAAAUGUUACAGAUGACCUUCCAUGCCAUGGUACUGACAGACGUCUGACAGAAGGUGCAGCCUGGCAUGAGGAUGACUGAGAAUGGGGAGGACAGCAGCCCCUCUCAGCCUGAUGGAGUGUUACCUCGUGGAGCUUCUGGUGGGAAGGAUCCAGGAGUUAGCAGUGACAAGAGGCCAGUGAACCCCUCUACAGAGGACAACAAACCCACCAAGCUCAUCGACACCCUGCAAUUCCCUCAGGAUGUACAAGACCAAAGCAGCAAGACCAGUCUCUACCAGCCGCGACCGCCCCUGCUGCCCAAGCCCCCUGCACUGUCGAAGGGAGGGAAGAGUGGUUCGAUGGAGGAGGUGAGAAGCAGAAGACUUAAGCACAGCCAGGAGAGUCUGACUGACCCAGCUGAGACUGGUUCCUCCACAGACUCUCUUAAGGAGGACUCGACAGUUACAGGUGUGUUCACCUUGAGCGGUGCUGCCACCUUAAGGAACGGACAGGGCUCCAUCGUUGGACCCCUCUUAACUCCUACAGGGUCCCCUGUCUUCAGAGCCAGGGGCCAGAGCCUCUCCGAGUAUGAGAGGAGGCCCCACGACCACCACGGUGACCCAGCGGAGCAGCGGGGGAGGCCCUUCAAGGUACGCCUCUCUCCCUUACAGCCAUCGGGUCCACUUCCUGCUCUGGAGCAGACCUUGGCGUCGGAGUCCUUAAGGACGGCUAAUCGGAUUGACAGGGAUUGCGUGGAUUAUGGCAUUGUGCCGGGGAGAGCUGGGCCUGAGAGGCUGCACCUGCACAGGAACCUGAGCGACAGCCGGCUUCUGGAUAACAUGGUGUUGGACAACACCUCUGUCAACUCCAUGAAGUCCACCUUCAGUGUGUUGAACCCCAUCAGACCCAGGGACGUCAGGAACAGGAGUUUUCUGGAGGGCAGCGUGCUGGGCAGUGGUGCCCUUCUGGGUGCUGAGGAGCUGGACCGCUAUUUCCCAGAGAGGAGAGUUGGCAUCUACAUAGCCACAUGGAACAUGCAUGGAGAGAAGGGACUUCCAAACAACCUAGAUGAUCUGUUGCUCCCGACAGACUCUGAAUUUGCACAAGACUUUUACAUCAUCGGAGUCCAGGAGGGAUGUCCAGACCGGUAUAGGACGACUGUGAGGGAAUGGGAGAUCCGUCUUCAGGAGACUCUGGGGCCGUACUACGUCAUGCUCUACGCAGCCUCCCACGGGGUUCUCUACCUCACUGUGUUCGUCAGGAGGGACCUCAUUUGGUUCUGCUCAGAAGUGGAGCAUGCCACGGUCACAACACGCAUCAUGUCUCAGAUUAAAACCAAAGGAGCCGUGGGGAUCGGCUUCACCUUCUUUGGCACUUCCUUCCUCUUCAUCACCUCCCAUUUUACCUCUGGAGAUUCCAGAGUGUACGAGAGGAUUCUGGACUACAACAAGAUCGUUGAAGCACUUGCUCUGCCUAAAGUUCUUCCAGACACCAACCCUUACCGCUCCACAUCCUCGGAUGUGACAACACGGUUUGAUGAGGUUUUUUGGUUUGGGGACUUUAACUUCCGCCUGAGUAAAGACCGUGUGGAGGUAGAGGCCCUUCUAAACCAGAACCAGGGUGUGGACAUGGGUCCUCUUCUCCACCAUGACCAACUCUCCAAGGAAAUGAAGGAUGGUUCCAUCUUUAAAGGCUUCCAGGAAGCACUGAUUCAGUUCCUCCCCACCUACAAAUUUGACGUUGGCUGUGACGUGUAUGACACCACCUCUAAGCAGAGAACUCCCUCAUACACAGACAGAAUACUGUUCAGGAACAGGCAGGUGGGUGACAUCAAAGUGAUAAAGUACACCAGCUGUUCAAUGAUCAAGACGUCAGACCACCGGCCUGUCAUCGGCAUGUUCCAGGUCAAACUCCGUCCUGGAAGAGACAAUAUUCCUCUGGGAGCGGGCCAGUUUGACAGGAGUCUGUACCUGGAGGGCAUCAGGAGGAGGAUCACCAGAGAGCUGAAGAAGAGAGAAGCCACGAAGGACCAGGGCAGCAGCACCAUCUGCUCCAUCUCCUGAACCUGGACCAGAAUCAAUCUGACCCAGCCAUGAGGGACCAAAGGGAACCAGUCUUGUGUUUCCACUUCCAGCCCAGUCUGUGGGAGAAUCUGUUGGUUUUGUCCGAGGCCUUGCAUCCUCGCCUGCUUUUGAAAAAAGGUCAAAGGUAAUCGAGGAGAGGAAACGUAGAAACAAAUGUGCUUGUAUGAAAUGACUUUCGUUC